GCCCCGCCCCCCAGAUGAAGCCCACAAGUAAAAGGCAGAUAGAUAGUAGUAAACAGUUUCAAACUUUGUGCGAGGCGUGCUGUUUGUUCAUGCUUUGGCACACACAAGUAUCCUGUCAGCUUUGUCCACACGUUUUCUCAAAAUAACGGAACGGUGUGAAGGUCCAGCCGAGAGAAGAAGCGCUUUGAUAUCGGCAUCCACCCGGAGUGACUUAAACUUCAACUAAGUUUACUUGAACAUUUGCUGGAGACUCUGCCUGCUGUGUCUUGAAGCCGACUUCCUGUAGGCUGCUUCAUAGAGAGGGAGACCUUUGUGAAAAGCUGGAGAAAGGCCUGCUCACCAAUUUUCCUCAUAUUGGGAGUUGCUGGAGGAUAAUUGCAAAAUGGCAAGAAGAUCACCCGUUCUCUUGUUACUCCUUACAGUAUGCUGCCUGGUGUCUGCAGGGCCACUGUUUCGCAGCCCAUGUGAGCUGCUGCCAGUGGGGGUGGGACACCCAGUGCAUGCCACGCUGAGGAGCUUCACCGCCCUGUCAGGCUGUGCAAGCAGGGGCACCACCAGCCUCCCUCAGGAGGUCCACAUCAUCAACCUGAGAAGACACUCUUCAGAGGGACCACACAACUCCCCGGCAGAAGUUGAGUUGCACCUGAAGCCAAUCCAGUCUUUGCUGCAUCACCAGAAGCCACUGGUCUUCGUGCUCAACUCCCCCCAACCACUGAUCUGGAAGAUCAAGACAGAGAACCUUGCCCUGGGCAUUAAGCAUACCUUUCAUGUAUCUGAUGGCUCAGAGGUCCAAUUUCAGCCGGGAAACUUCUCCCUCUCCUGCCAGAUCCAGAAUGAGACCCUUCCCCAUGGCAAUGAGCACCUCCUCAACUGGGCCCAGAAGAAGUACAGGGCAGUCACCUCUUUCUCUGAGCUCAGGAUGACUCAAGACAUCUACAUCAAAGUUGGAGAAGAUACAGUGUUUUCUGACACCUGCAAGAUUGAUUCCAAGUUCCUGUCUCUGAACUACCUCGGUGGCUACGUGGAGCCACAGGCAUCAAAGGGUUGUGUCCUGUCUGGACCCGACAAAGACCGAGAAGUCCACAUCAUUGAGCUCCAAGCCCCUAACUCCAGCAGUGCUUUCCAGGUGGAUGUCAUAGUGGAACUGCGGCCUCUGGAGGACGAUGCUCUGCUGCGCCGUGACGUCGUCUUGCUGCUCAAAUGCGCCAAGUCUGUUAACUGGGUCAUCAAGGCCCACAAUAUGAUUGGCAAGCUGGAUGUAGUGGCCUCUGAUACCAUAAGUGUUAGUUCAAGUAGAGAGGGACUGGUGCAAGUGUCAAAAUCACCCAGGCAACACUUGCCAUCAGGGUCACAAGCUUUGAUCAAGUGGGCGGCGGAACACGGAUACAGUCCGGUCACAUCUUACACCAGCACACCUGUGGCCAACCACUUUAAUAUCCGUGUGAGAGAGCCAGAUCAUCUGGAGAGCAUGUUUCCCCCAGAGCUGCCCAUUCUGCGUGACCCCAGUCCUCGUCCAGGAGCUGGAGCUGGCUCACGACGCUCCUCUCUACCCUUUCCCUUCCCUCCAUCUGGGCCUCUGCCCCCCUCCUUUGACGCUCGGCCCUGGGAAAAGGGGGAGCCUGAGGAGCUGCCGGGCAAUCUGAGCGUUGGCCUCAGUGUGCAGUGUGAGGACACGAGGAUGGUGGUCAGCAUCGACAAAGAAAGCCUGCAAGCAAAUGGGUUCAGCCAUGCCAACCUCACGCUCCAAGACCCAACUUGCAAAGCUACAGUCAAUGCCACCCACUACACACUGGAAACUCCUCUGAGUGGUUGUCAGACCACUGUAUAUCCCAUGCAGGGAAGCCCAAUGGCCCUGCACAUCAACGCUGUUUUGAUAAGUCAAACUGAGACGAAGGAUGGGAGUGGUGGGCCGUUGGAUUAUGAGGAUCUGGAAGACCUGAUGUUCCCAAAGGACCCAGCGGAGUCAGAGAGGCCAUUAAUGGAGCCCACAGAGCACCAGUAUGUCAUAGUGUUCAAUUGCACGUACAGAAAGAACCAGGAAACCUCAGAAACACUUCCCAGGAUUGUACCAGGACCAGGGGUGCAACCAGAAAUGCAGCCGGUCCAAAACAUGACGUUUAACAUGGAGCUGUACGACACACUGCCAUUCAACAACCCUUCACGCCAGGCCUUCUACACUGUUACACAAAACCAGCAAGUCUUUGUGGAGGUCACAUCAACCGCAUCAGAUCCGGAGCUGGGAUUCACUCUCAUAUCGUGCUUUAUUUCUCCCAACUCCAACCCCAGUGUGGCCUCAGACUACACUCUCAUUCGGACAGUCUGCCCUGAAGACGAGUCCGUCAAGUACUAUCCUCAGAGGGACUUCCCUGUCCUUCGCACACAGGCCGAGAAGAAAAGUUUCAGCUUCACCUUCAACUCAAAGUUCAACAUGUCCCUGCUUUUCCUUCACUGUGAGAUGUCUCUGUGCUCCAAGAGAUUUCAGGGCAACCAACCACUACCGCCGUGCUUACAGCCCAGUGAGAAAUGCGAUUCCCUUUCUCUGGACAAUAUUGUGGUGAUGAUGAUGAACACCAAGACAUUUACCAAGCCGCUGGUUGUGGUGGAUGUAUCGGAAAAACCAGAAAAAACAGCACCUCGACCUCCACAGGAUCCUCUUCCUGAUAACACGCUGUACGUGUUGGACACUCCGACAGUGGUGGGCAUCGCGUUUGCAGCCUUUGUGAUUGGGGCUCUGUUGACCGGAGCCCUGUGGUUUAUCUACUCACACACAGGUGAGACAGCUGGCACACAGCAGAUCCAGAAGUCCCAGCCAGCCUCGGAGAACAGCAGCGCGGCUCACAGCAUCGGCAGCACACAAAGCACACCCUGCUCCAGCAGCAGCACGGCGUAGCCCAAGGCGCAACCCAGCGGGACGCAGAGCCCUGUCGUGGCACAGGAAGGGCCCAACGGCUCACAGGGACCGCUUUGUUGACCUCUUUCCAUCAAAGGAAUUACUUCGGGGGAUGAAAAAAGUAGAAAACACACAAUAACACCUUCGAUAUGUGCGUAAAUUCAUUUCGUGCCGAUUCACGUGUGUGCAGACACAUAUACUGUCCUGGUGUCACUGGCCUGUAAUAGUAGUGAGACCAAGCUUGGCAGCCUCACGUCAUAUCUAGUAUAAAAAAAAAAACCACAAGAAAUAAAUGUGAGACCAGGCUUUUUUUUUUGUUUUUUUAAAUCCAUAUGCUGCUUUUUCUGACCGCAACACAGCCUUUUGUUUUGGCCUUAAAUGGUGUGAUUUGUAACAAGCAGGUGUACUCCAACAGCAAGGAACGCAAACAGGCUGCAGUGAAGUCAGUGUGAGUGAGUUUUUGAUGUCUGGGCUAGAACACAUUACUUUAUGGCAUGCAACCCCGAAAGUGACAGAGGAGCAAAGCAACCACUAUUAACAUGCAGACAGAAAUGCAGUAUGAAACAGUGGCCGACAUCUUAACGCAGAGACAUACUCGCUUUUAAAAGACAGUGUAGAUAUUGAAUGUAUACAGAAGAGUAAGUGCCAAAAAAUGUGAAAGAAAAAUGUGAAAGACAUGCUGAUAGAAAAACACAUUAAAUAAUGUAUUCUUUUCACUCCUCAUUUCCUAUUUAGGAUUUUAUAUAGACAGGUUGAUAAAAAUUCAUUUUACCAGUGCUUUCUAUACAGUAGUUAUCUAAAGGAUUUUCAGUAGAUGGGGCCUGAGUCCCAAUUUUAUUGAUGUUACACAACUUCACAGGGGCAUUAUGGGUUCCCUUUUGCUAGUUGUUGUUAAUGAAAUAGUUGAACAUUUUGGGAAAUACAUUUAUUUGCUUUUUAUCGGAGUUACAGUUAGAUAUAAGAUGUCUGUGUGUUAAAUACAGCGGGAGGUGAAUAGCUUAGCUUAGCAUGAAGACUGGAAGCAAGAGGAAACAGCUAGCCUGGCUCUGUCAAAAGCAUAAAAACAAAACAAAACAAAAAAAACCCCACCUGCCUCACCAGCUUUGGACACAGUAAACUAGCAUUUUUCAUUUUUUAUGCUAAGAUAGGCUAAUCACCUCCUGGCUUCAGCUCAUCACUAAGGUGUAAGAAUCAAUGCACAGACAUCAGAGUGGUAUUACAUUUUCCAAUAUACCAAACUAUUCUUUUAGAGCUGUAUAUUUUUGUGAAUAAUGUAGAUACUCAAAAGUAUUAUAUGCUUAAAUUCUGUUUUUGUGCUUCUGGAUCAAAGCGGAUUUACCCAUGUGAGUUCACGUACAGAGUGCAAGGUUAUACCAUUUUAAUUCAUAAAAGCAAUCAUAUAAGAGCCAAUGUUUUGAAUGACAGGUUCUGCUUAGCGUUCAGCUUAGCUUUAGUAUAAAUGAUAGAUGACAUAGAUUAGGACUACUGUGUGUUCCUUUACAUUUGAAACAGUCAGUGUGAGAAAAACAGCAAAUCCACAUAUUUCAGAAAUUUUAAAGAAAGAAUUUUUGGCCUAAAUAACCUUUUAAUUGCUCUGUUAAUUCACUUAACAUUUAUUCAACUAAAUGUUCAUAAAAUGGCCGUUUUUACACAUUCAGGUGACUGUCCUCUGCCACAGACUGACAGACUUGUAUAAAUCUUUCCACUGACAGUGUGUUGAAUAAGCUGCAGCUGAAGCUCACUGUUAUUGAUGUAUAUUUUCAUAUUCUGUUGAAACUGCAACACCACGACUACCCCACCGUCUCAGAAUAAUAUGAAUGUUUGCCGUCGUAACUUCAUUAAACCUGUAUGUGUUUCAUCAGACUGUGUGGGGGACUAACUGGGCCCUUUGAGGUCAAGAAGGGAAGACUCCCUGUAACAAUUUAACCGUCACAAGAAAAACAGAAUGUAUAUUAUCUCAAAAGCUUUUGAUUUUUUUUCUCUUAUAUACACAUGUAUAAAGCUGUCUACAGAGGGAACAGAGUAUAAAUAUAUAUAUUUGUGUAUAGAAUUAUAUUUUGGAAUAUAUUUACCAAGAGAAAUUUAUUGUCUUCUAUGUGUGUAAGUACUGUGAAUUGUGGAUGUGCUCAUGUGUAACACGUUUGUGGAUUUAUCCAGUUUAUUCAUAAAAGCCUUAUAGCAUGUUUUAAGACACUUUAAUUAUAAUGAAAUAUUCAUAUUGGUAAACAAAAUGAUUCAGCUUUUUAAAAUCACAUUUUGAAUCUGUUUUACUGACCUAGAAAAAUUAAAAAUAUGCAUUUAAUAAGAACAUUUCCAAAAUAAUUAAAGCUACAUUAUGAAAAAUCCAGUUAUUCAUAUUAAGAAAAACUUUGUCACUGCACUUUUAUAUUUAAAAUGUUUAUUAAAUAAUGUGUCAUAAAACAUGUAAUGAGUUUGUGAAUAUCAUACAGCUAUAUGUUCUUGCUUUUCAAACAAAGCAUUGCCUCCAUAUUUUUUUAUUUAACAUUGCUGUAGCUACUCAUUAAUAUUCGGGUGGAGUUUUGGAUCCCCCACUUGGCUGACUCAUACUGACUCAUUACUGAAUUGUCACAUCUUAUAAAUAAUGAGUUUACUAACCUAUUUUCACAUGAAGUAAAGUCAGAAAAUCAGAUGUUAAAUAAACUUACAAGGACUUCACGCUAUGCUGAUUAAUCCUAUUUUUCAGAUCUGGUGUCUGUGACCACUUUCCUAUACAGACCUACUGUUAGUGAUGCAUUUAAUGCCAACCGGCAAAGAUCGGUUUGACAGAGCUGAAGAGAGAACCAUGGGCUAAUCUCCAGUAAAUUGCAGUAUUGUGGUAUUGUGCCAUAAACAUGUUGACAGUGUUUGUCUAAAUUAUUUUUACUGCCAGAAGGUGGAAAACAAAUUCCACAUUGCAGGGUUGAAUACACAUGUUACCUGUGCAUUGUUCUUGCCAGAGAUACACUGUAGUGUUUGGUACUAAACCUUAUUUUAACAUAAAUGAUCCAGUCAUUUCCACACUGAGUUUUUGGUCGCUCUAUUGUCUAUUGUCACAGAACCCAGAUCACAAACACAACACAAUGAUGUUUACCCCCUUAAAAUAAUGAAAAAACUGAAAUCUGAAAGCACUGAUUGCAGCAGUUGAACUCAAACGAAAGUAGAAUGUAUCAUAAGUGUGUCCAGUAUGUGUUCAGUUAGAAUGGUGUGGAUCCAGCUACGUCAUUUUGUGUCUGGAAACUCAACUGUUUUCAAUAACGUGUUCGUUGAGUUGUAUUAGACCCAUACUUGUUUGUUUCAUUGGGCCUGCCGCCAGCUGUGUCCAUGUCGAAACCCAGUUGAAACCUUGAUACAGUAAUGCUUACUUAGACAGUAAAUGUAGGGCACUGCUGCUGUUAUCAGGCAUCAUUAUUGUGAACAGCCACACUGUAUCCCACUGUAUUCAGAAUAUACUUUUGAGAAGUGUUUCUUGGAUAAUGGAAAUGUGUUGCAGCCUAUAAUCAGCGGUCGUUGUGGGAUUUAGUCUCUCUGACAUUCCUGUAGUUUUGAGGUUUCUCUUAUCGACUGUUUCAAAUCCAACUCCCAUAUGUAAUUAUCUCCUCCACCCCCUUGUGUCAUGCAGUUAAGAGGCUGAGUCUGAUCUAAUUUUUUCAUUUUACAUAAUUUGAGGAUAUUUUUUCACCCAAACCAACAACACGCAAGGGUUGCUGUCAAAAUAUCAACAGUCGUCCUUGCCUUUGGCCCUCGGUGCAUGCUGGGAUAAGUAGUCCAUGAUAAUGUGCUAUCAAUAAUGUUGCUGGAGCAUUCUUAUGAUAGUUGUUCUGAAGUAGUAAAAUAUACAACAGCUGUAAUUGGAGCACAGAUUCAUGUAUCUAGUUAUUGAUUGUAUUUUUUUAAUCAUUUGACUACCUCAUGUUUUUCUGUGAAUGUGUAAUUUGUGCGUGUGAGUGUUUUCUGUGCAUAUAUUUGAACUCUAGAAAAGUUUUAAAUGCUUACACUUUAUACUGCAUUUGGACGAUCUGGGGCCUCUUUGUGGUUUUAUUGCAGUUUCACUUUUAUUAUUCAGUCUCAACGUAAACAUUGAAGAGUCUGAGCUUUCCCUUGAUGCAGGAUUGCCUUUUGUGGGCGUUGUAAAUGUGUAAAACUUUGAUUAUCCAUUAUUGUUUCCUUUGGUUUUUGAAACUUUUUAUAUGCUGUAAAUACGCAUGGUAUUUGUAUACCCAUUAUGUUCAAUAAAUUUUCCUAAAAAUUUA